AUUUAAAAAAAAGAAAAAAAUGGCAUUAUUACCAAAACCAUCCUCUUCUAUCCUAGCGCAAGGAUGGCGCAAUUGCUAUCGUACGCCUCAUUAUAAACAUUUGACAAUCAUCUCUUCACCUUUCUUCUCCUCCUACACCUACACGUUGCUACACCACCCUCCUCUACUGCUUCCACGUGUCCCCACCGCUUGCCUUCGCACUUUCUCUCUCUUCAACCAUCCUUCUCUCUCAAAGACCACGGGCAACUCUCUCCUCCCUCGCAUGGAGAAAUCCUUUUCUGGGUCCGGAGAUGGCAAGAAGAAGAGUGAAGCUAUGGUUGAACGGUUGCAACGUUGUGGAGUUUUUCAUUCUGAAAAGGUAGCUGAAGUGAUGGAAACCAUUGAUAGGGGUCUGUUUGUACCUGCUGGUACGCCGGCUUAUGUGGAUAGCCCCAUGCCCAUAGGCCAUAAUGCAACCAUAUCUGCUCCUCAUAUGCAUGCGAUGUGCCUUGAACUGUUGAAGGACAAGCUACAGCCUGGCAUGCAUGCUUUAGAUGUUGGUUCAGGCACAGGGUAUUUGACCGCGUGUUUUGCAAUGAUGGUUGGACCCAAAGGUCGUGCAGUUGGCAUAGAGCACAUACCUGAACUGGUAACUUGGUCAAUUGAAAAUAUUAAAAAAAGUGAAGCUGCUCCUUUGCUGGAAGAAGGUUCUCUGUCCGUUCAUGUUGGUGAUGGAAGGCUAGGAUAUCCUGAGGCUGCGCCUUAUGAUGCGAUCCACGUUGGGGCUGCAGCACCAGAAAUUCCAAAAGCGUUGGUUGAGCAGCUGAAACCUGGUGGCAGAUUGGUGAUUCCAGUAGGGACUUUCUUCCAAGACUUGCAGGUGAUAGACAAGGAGCAGGAUGGGUCUCUGAGUACCAGAACCGAAACUUCUGUUAGAUAUGUUCCACUCACUAGUCGAGAGGAGCAGUUGCGGGGUUAAUUGAGCUUCCUUUAGUCCACUUAUGUUCUGUUUCCUGUAUAUUUCUCAACUUCUUUAUCGUUUGGUUUUCUUUUUCAUCUUUUAUUUGCAAAUGGGCCAUGAAUUGUAGUGUUUACCCUUCCCCCUUGUUUGUAAAUAGAUGGUGGUUGGCAAAUUGCAUCAAAAUUCGACAUUUUGCUUUAAACCAUUAAGCGGGCAGGGAGGAUUAUCACUUUAUUAUAGGAUUUAUCGCCAAAUGACAUCCUUUCUGCA